AUGGGCACAUCCUUCCGGCGCCAACAGCCCGAGUUUGUCAUUCUACACUACAGGUUUGUCGCAUACGAAUUUGUCAUUCUUCACUACAGCGGACAUUUUAUCAACUUCCGGACCUCGUAUCUUCACAAUGGCGAGGUGGUGAUGAAUCAGAAGCGUAUAGCAAUCAACUACCUCAAGGGCUGGUUCGUCAUUGACACCAUUGCCGCUCUUCCUUUCGAUCUGCUGCUCUUUGGGUCCGGCACAAGUGACACAAUGACGAUCGCGGGGAUCCUCAAAACGGCGCGUCUGCUGCGUCUGCUACGAGUCAUCCGGCGCAUAGAGCAGUUCGCUGAAUACGGAGCGGCGGUGUUGCUUCUCCUUAUGGUGACCUUCACCCUGGUCGGUCACUGGCUCGCCUGCAUCUUUUACGCCAUCGCCUACUGGGAGCGUCCGCACUUGGAGUCCGCAAUAGGUUGGCUAGACAAGCUCGCGACCAAUAUCCACGAGCCGUACGUCGCAAACGUCACUGAUAGCGGCCCCAGCGUCAAGACGUACUAAAUAACGGCGCUGUACUUUACGUUCACCUCCCUCACCAGUAUAGGGUUCGGCAACGUCUCCCCUAACACCAACGCCGAGAAGAUAUUCUCCAUUUUUGCCAUGUUGCUUGGCUGUAAGAUUCUAUUUGAUCCAUAUUUUUCGUUCAGCUUCGUUUUAUGAAUAUGGGGCUUAAUGCAUUCGGACUGCACAGGCUAAUCUGGGACAAAACUUUUAAAGCUUUUAUAGUAUUUUUCUUUUAAAGGAAGUCUCUGUUUAGCGAACAACCAGUUAAGUGGGAAAGUGCAAAUUCAAAAAGCCCCAUUUUCGCAGAGCGAUGCCCGUUUUUAAUGUAGAGCUAUUCGCAUUAUAUAUUUCUCACAUCUGAGAAAAAAAUCUUAUUGUGUGAAUGAUUCAUACAUGAAGAGAUCAUUGUAUUAUUGUAUAAUAUCUUAUGCAGUAGAACAUAACAUCAACUAAUGUGACGUAAUCUUUGCAUGUUGCUUUAAUUCAAACCGGAUAACGUAUACGU